UAAGUCAUAUACAGUAAUAACUACACUUCGUGAAUACAUGUUUCCUCUUUGUAUUCGUUUUGGCUUGUGUCUAGACUGAAUAUAUUUUCUGUCUUGAAAAGCCUAUCAAAAUGAGAAGUAGGAAAGACCGAAGUCUUUAAAAAUACAGGGUACAUCACGUCAUCCUUGUUUCCGUGAGCCAGCAGAGCUUCAUGGAGCGCUGAAGGAUAUAGCGUUCAUGAGUAGUCAGCGACACAGAUGGUGAUAUUAGUACAACCCGUGCGCGAUCAGACACAGGUGCCACGGGGCGCGCAGUUUCCUCUAUAUGCUGAACCGGAGCCGGCGCGUUGUGGCGCUCCUGAGGAUAUGCUAAACGGCAUGCGAUGUUUGCUGAACCAAAGGAACGGAGCGGUGAGAGGCGGGGGCCUAACAUUAAGCUGCACUGAAACCGAGCAACACCCAGUGUUCUGCUGAAACCGCUUCUUCCUCAACAGCAAACAAAAGAAAGAAAACCGAGGAAUGAACAGCAAUUUCCUGGAAGAAAACACGAGCAAGCUGCUCAUUAAGGAGCGGAUGGAUGCCGAGGCCUGUGAGGUGUGAAGACAGCAGCAGUCCACAGACAAGCGAGAGGUUUGCCCUGUGUACUGGCUCCGCCCACCAUGAGUGCUGCUGCCAGUGAUGUAACCGGCACCCAAAGGCCCGGCUGGGUGGCCUUCACUGAUGAGCCUGCGUGGUCCAACGUGGAAUUCCAGAAAGAUGGGAACAGCAACCUGCACGAGUCCUUUGCGGCUCUUCCCCAGGAGGAGGCCCCUCCCCCUGGCCCUGCCUCCGGGGGAGAGGCGGAAGCACUUGGCCCGCUAGCGCAGCAGAAUGCCUGGGUCCAUUUUGACGAGAAGCUCUGGCGCUCUCCAUCUCCUUCUCAGUCACAGGUAAAAGGCCCCAGGCACAGCGUGUGCUCCUCGGCCAGUUUCUGGAGCAUCGCGCCCCCCUCUGAGAGCAGUUGGACCGGUCAGUCUGAGGAGCACAGCUCCCUGAGCUUGGGGGCGUCGUCCUGCGACCUUCCAUCCCUCCCCACCGAGGAUCCCACCAAUCAGACGCCAUCCAGCGUGUCCUCUCCCAAUUGUUCCAUCUAUCAAGACGAUGAGAGCAUAGACAUGGACUCCGUAAACUGGCCUCAAAACGCUAAACACAUGAACGGCCAAUCAGAAACUAGUACAGGCCGGUUCUCCAGCUGGGUCACCUUUGAUGACGAUGAGCCAGAUGUCCAAUGUCUUGGGAGAGCCUCCUCCCUCAAACUGGAGAACCUCAGCUGUGGUUCCACCCAGGACGCCAACAGCAACAUCAUUUCUCCGGUUCAAAACCAGAAAGUGGAGCGGCACCUUCUGGACCUGACUCCAGAGGGUGUCAACCCUGCCUUUACCCUGGAGAGCUCACUUUUCAGCGGCAGCACCCCCUUCAAUAAGAAGAACCCUUUCCUAGAUGAGGAACUCGUAGAUGUCCAGCCCUCCCCCAUCAACCCUUUCAGUGCCUAUUUCAAUGAAAAGGAUAUCAAGGUUUCUCAGAGCAACGGGUCAUGCUCAGAGAGCCCCCACAUUUUCUCUUUCAGCUCCCCUUUCUUUCAGUCUAGCGUCACUGAUGUCAAAAGGGAAUCUUUGCUGCUGUUUUCUCCUGUUUCGAGCUCCGUAGAUGAAAACGUUUUCUGCCCCCCGAGCGACCGGCUGGAGCAGCUUAGGAAUCUGCAGAUCACGGACCCAGACCAGCUCGGCAGUCCCACGCUACCUGAUGAUCUCGCGGACUCCGCGGAGCCAGAGGAGCCCUUGUACGAGCCGGCCUACCUGACCCCACGGGAUGGCUGGCCCAUGAUGCUCCGCAUACCAGAGAAGAAGAACAUCAUGUCGUCGCGGCACUGGGGCCCCAUCUUUGUGAAGCUGACCGACUCCGGGCGACUGCAGCUCUUCUAUGAAAAGGGCCUAGAGAAGCCCUUCAAAGAGUUUCAGCUGGACGGCCGCCACGAGCUGUCGGAGCACAAGCUGCAGAACUACGACGAGAAUGGCCGAGUGCACACGGUCAGCAUCGACCACGUGGUCUACAAGGAAAAACGCAAGAUCCAGCCCAAGGUGGCGGUGGUCCACAUGCCCAUCAAGGAGCAGCUGGUCAAACUGGGCACCAUCAACUACCAGGACUUCCUGAGCUUCUCCAACACGCUGCAGGAAAGGCUGAUGCGCCUGCCAGUCACUUCGGAACCCUUGAGCAGCCCCGUAUGCUACUCUGAGGAGGAGGUGAUCGUGGACGUACGGGACGAGUUCCAUGGGGUGGUGUCCAGAGGGGACAACAGGAUCCUUCAGCAGCUGGUGGUGACCCAUGUCAACGUGCUGGCAUUUGUUUCUGGGUCUCCUCUUUGUAGGAUAGGAUUCAACGACAUUCAGGUCAAAGGUAACGAGGUGGUGGCCCGGCACGACAUCAUCCCCAACACCACCACUCGCUGGAUCAAGCUGUGGGACUGCCAGCUGCACGGCUACGCCAACAAGGAGGAGUUCGCCGAGUCGCGGGCGAUCGCCUUCAGCCCCCCGAGCGGCUGCCGUUUUGAGCUGCUGCACUUUCGCACUGUCUUCGCAGAGAAGACGCUCCCCUUCACCCUGAGGACUGUGGCCAGCGUCAGGGGGGCCGAGGUGGAGCUCCAGUCCUGGCUGGUGAUGUCAUCCGGCUUUUCGUCCAAUCGAGACCCUCUGACGCUGAUCCCGUGUGAAAACGUGAUGAUCCGGUACCCCAUCCCCCUGAUGUGGGCCAAGAACUUCCGCCGCGACAGUGUCAUGGGGGAGAAGUCGUUGAAGGCGCGGUUCAACAAAGGCGCCAGCUUUGGCUCUGCUAGCACCUCUGGGUCAGAACCAGCCAUGAGGGUAACACUAGGAACUGCCAAAUAUGAGCACGCCUUCAAGUCUGUGGUGUGGAGAAUUAACAGACUCCCGGACAAAAACACAGCACUGGGACACCCCCACACCUUCUUCUGUCGCCUGGAGCUGGGUUCGGACCGGGAGGUGCCCCCCAAGUUCCAUCGCCACCUGGAGGUGGAGUUUGAUAUGCCCGCUGCCUCUGCUUCCAAGGCCACUGUGCGCUCGCUGUCUGUGGGCGAGAGGACCGAUGUGAAGAAGUGGAUCAACUACAAGUCACACUACAAUUAUCAGGUGGAAAUAGAGCAGAAGAUUAACAGUGUUUCGGACCAGCCUGGGGAGUGUGUACAGCAGUGAGGCGGAACACUGGGAUAUGUCUGCCUGUUUAACACUGGAAAUGCAGGGGAGAAGGCAAAAUUUUGCACUUUGGAAAAAUGAUUGGACUGUAAAUAUCUGUGUACUCUGGAUACUGUGCUGGAUGCUGAAAGACUGAGGUUUGCUUGUCUUGACAUGUCUGUCUUUUUUGUUGACUAUGACCAGCUUGGUCUUGGGGAACAUAUUUUUGUAUUAGUAUUUAUUAGCUGACAGAUUUGACUAGCCCAGUCAAACUUUGUAAUAUUUCAGAGGUUAUUUUGGAGGGCACAGAAGGUGUAAAAUGUCUCGUGAAGGUCCGCGUACAGUAUAGUCUGACAAAACCUCCGACUGAAAGUUUGCUUUCCUGUGGAAAAAAAUCAGAAAUGCAACACAAAAGAUGGUUUGGCAUUCAGUUAUGAUUGUAACAGUAGACUCAGAUUUGUAAUCAUGUUUUGAAUCAUUGAAGCAUUGACACAAAGGCUGUAUUAGUUUGUCACCAUUUGGCACCUUCUGAUCUGGUGAAGAGGACAUUUCCGUACAAUAAAUUAGAGCUAUGAAUUAGA